UUCCACAUGACUAACGAUUAGAGCCAAUAAUUAUCUUAGUCUUCUCCCUCAUCGAGUCUUGUAAACUCUCUGAUUUCAUUUAUAGUUUUUUCAUCCAUCAAGAUUAAUGGGAGAAGGCAAAACUCUUCCUACGUAUUUCUGCAGAAACUGUGAAAAUCCACUAGCUCUCGGUGGUAACAGCAAAACUACGAAGAUUGGAGCUUCAGGGGCAGCGUUUAUGUUUACGCAUGCGAUGAACGUGGUUAUUGGACCGAAGACAGAGGAGAUUGAUAACCGGAUCCUACGUGGUGGCAGAUGUGAUGUGUGGUAAGUGUGGUGAGGCGUUGGGUUGGAAGUAUGUGGAGACCUUCCAUCUUAAACAGAGGUAUAAAGAAGGCAUGUUUGUGAUCGAAAAGCUCAUGUUGACCAAGAAACUUUGAAACUUAAGUCAAGAUAAGGAAAUUGAUUAUCAUAUGUAUAUAUUUACAUCUUUUGUUGUAUGAAUGUGAAUAUACUAGUUGUUAGUAAGUCUUUUCUAAAACUCUUCAAGAGGGAAGAUCCGUGUAGAGUGAGAAACCCUCUUUACUCACUUAUUGGUC